AUCUCCAUUAAUUAUAACUCUCCCGUCUCCUUCCCCUUCUUCUCCCCCCCCCUCUCUCUCUCUUCGGUCCAGCCAUGAUGACGUCAGGCGGUACGGACCAGAGAAGGGAAUUCGCCGUCGCCGGCGGCGGCGAAGGAUCUUCAUCCACGUCACGACUAAUGGCGGCGGCGAUGGCCACGCACCAGGUGCCGCCGCCGGUCCCGGUCCCGCAGCUCAGCCGCUACGAGUCGCAGAAGCGGCGGGACUGGAACACCUUCGGGCAGUACCUCCGGAACCAGCGGCCGGCGCCGGUGGCCCUGUCGCAGUGCCACUACACCCACGUCCUCGACUUCCUCAAGUACCUCGACCAGUUCGGGAAGACUAAGGUUCACCUGCACGGCUGCGUGUUCUUCGGGCAGCCCGACCCCGCCGGCCCGUGCACCUGCCCGCUCCGCCAGGCCUGGGGCAGCCUCGACGCCCUCAUCGGCCGGCUCCGGGCAGCCUACGAGGAGAACGGGGGGCUUCCCGAGGCCAACCCGUUCGCCAGCGGGGCGAUUCGGGUGUACCUCCGGGAAGUCAGGGAUUCUCAGGCGAAGGCCAGAGGGAUCCCAUACAAGAAGAAGAAAAAGAAGAACUGAAAGUUCCAAAUAAAAAGUACACAUGCAUGUGUGAUUAUUGUUUUCAAUGAAUCUUUAAAAUUCAAGGUUAAAUGGUUUUAAUCAUCACUUUGAGGUUCAAUUAAUAGUGUGUCAUUAAAUGACAUGGUCAUGG